AUACAGCAGCUCGGCCGGUGGUCAGAGACUUCAAUAGGCAAUAGAAGUCAUAUCUGCUUUGUCCGAAAAAAGAAUCUUACCUAUAGAUCUCGUUUAUCUCAUUACUUUAUAAAUAACACAUUCUAGUCGCCACUGAGUUUACACCACGACAACCAACCAAUCAGUACUCAAACACACACAAAAUGGCCUCUGCUUCAACUCCACUCCCAAUUUCUCUACAAGCUCGGAUCCACCAACCAACAAUCGUUCGAUCAACGCCGUUAAAAUUCUCGUCGACUCGAGUUUUAGCCCGUCCGAUCAAAGCCUCAACGUCAGAAACUCCUCCUGAUCUAGCCGUGGCAACCCGCACCGGAUCCGGAUCCAAAGAUCUCCCGAUCCGAACAAUCCCUGGAAGCUACGGUCUACCAAUAAUAGGUCCACUAAAAGACCGUAACGAUUACUUCCACACGCAAAAACCAGAGGAGUUCUUCAAAUCACGAAUCCGUAAGUACAACUCCACAGUGUUUCGAGUCAACAUGCCACCCGGAGGUUUCAUAGCCGAGAAUCCACAAGUCGUUGCUUUACUCGACGGUAAAAGCUUCCCGGUUUUGUUCGAUGUGGAUAAAGUGGAGAAGAAAGAUCUUUUCACCGGAACCUACAUGCCCUCGACGGAUCUAACCGGAGGCUACCGUAUCUUAUCAUACCUCGACCCAUCAGAGCCGAAACACGCCAAGCUCAAAUCUUUACUCUUCCAUCUACUCAAGUCCUCUCGAAACCGAAUCUUCCCGGAGUUUAAAGCCACCUACUCGGAGCUUUUCGAUUCGAUCGAGAAAGAGCUCGCCGACAACGGAAAAGCAGAUUUUGGCGGUCCAGGUGACGCAGCAGCUUUCAAUUUCUUGGCUCGAGCUAUGUACGGGAAGAAUCCAGCUGAUACGAAGCUUGGAUCCGAUGCGCCGAGUCUGAUAACGAAAUGGGUCUUCUUCAAUCUCCAUCCUUUAUUGACUCUCGGACUACCCUCAAUCAUAGAAGAUCCUCUUCUCCAUACUUUCCGGUUACCUUCGUCGUUAGUCAAGUCUGAUUACCAGAGACUCUACGAGUUCUUCCUCGAAUAUUCGGGAGAGAUUCUAGUCGAGGCUGAGAAGUUGGGUAUCUCGCGAGAGGAAGCUGCUCACAACCUCCUCUUCGCCACGUGCUUCAACACGUGGGGAGGGAUGAAGAUCCUCUUCUCGAACCUGGUUAAACGGGUCGGGCGGGCGGGUACCAAACUCCAGAUCCGGUUAGCUGAGGAGAUAAGAUCGGUUAUCGAAUCCAACGGCGGGGAGCUCACGAUGGGAGGGAUUGAGCAGAUGGAGCUCACGAAAUCAGUCGUCUUCGAGUGUCUCCGGUUCGAACCGCCGGUUCCGGCGCAAUACGCACGUGCGAAGAAGGACUUUGUUGUCGAGAGCCACGACGCGGCGUUUAGAGUCAAGGCUGGAGAAAUGCUUUACGGAUAUCAACCGCUUGCGACUAGGGAUCCGAAGAUAUUCGAAAGAGCAGAGGAGUUUCUGCCGGAGAGAUUCCUCGGGGAGGAAGGAGAGAGGUUGUUGCAGCAUGUCGUGUGGUCGAAUGGUCCGCAGACGGAGAAUCCGACCGUGGGGAAUAAACAGUGCGCCGGUAAGGACUUUGUUGUUUUGGUGGCGAGGUUGUUUUUGAUUGAGAUUUUCAGGAGGUAUGAUUCGUUUGAUAUUGAGGUCGGUUCAUCGCCGUUGGGAAGCUCCGUUAAAUUCACGUCUCUGAGGAAGGCUAGCUUUUAGAGAGUCAAGGGUAAAUCUGUACUGUUUGUUCGCACGCGUUACUUAUUAUUAUUUAUUUUCUGCUGUGCUUCUCUUUUCUUCUAAUUAUAAAUAUAUAUAUCAAAUGCUUGUUAUGAAAUAUAUAAAAUAAAAGUGUUGUUCCCUUUUCAAGUA